AGAAACAGAGAAACCAAAGAGUUAAGUGGGAAACCUCGAAGCUAGUUCAAACUAGUGGGAGGUUGUUUCACGUUUCUAAGUUCCAAAACAAGAAAGUUAAAUCAUCACCAGCAAGAAGAAGGGAAGAUUCUGAUAGCUAGAGAGAUAAGAUGGCUCGUGGAAAGAUUCAGCUUAAGAGGAUUGAGAACCCGGUUCACAGACAAGUGACGUUUUGCAAGAGGAGAACUGGUCUUCUCAAGAAGGCUAAGGAGCUCUCUGUGCUAUGUGACGCAGAGAUCGGUGUUGUGAUCUUCUCUCCUCAGGGCAAGCUCUUUGAGCUCGCUACUAAAGGAACAAUGGAGGGAAUGAUUGAUAAGUACAUGAAGUGCACCGGUGGUGGUCGUGGUUCUUCUUCUGCUACUUUUACUGCUCAAGAACAACUUCAACCCCCAAAUCUUGAUCCAAAAGAUGAGAUCAACGUGCUUAAGCAAGAGAUUGAGAUGCUUCAGAAAGGGAUAAGGUAUAUGUUUGGAGGAGGCGAUGGGGCGAUGAAUCUUGAAGAACUUCUUUUGCUUGAGAAGCAUCUUGAGUAUUGGAUUUCUCAGAUUCGCACUGCUAAGAUGGAUGUUAUGCUUCAAGAAAUUCAGACGUUGAGGAACAAGGAAGGAGUCCUCAAAAACACCAAUAAGUUUCUCCUCGAGAAGAUAGAGGAGAACAACAACAGCAUUUUAGAUGCUACCUUCGCAACAGUGGAGACUAAUUAUUCUUAUCCGCUAACCAUGCCAAGUGAAAUAUUUCAGUUCUAGACCAUAGGGUAUUUGAAGACUAUGUCUUACGAAUUUAAAUAACAACCUUGGUAAGUCUAAUAUAUAGUGUUGUUAUAUCACACAUAAUUAUAAUAAAUAACGCCUGUGGAACUUUGCUAAGGCAGUUGAAAAAACUAUCUGUAUGUUUUUUUUUUCCUCUUGUUGUUUUUCAUUUGUUGGUGUGAACUUGAAAUGACUACUACAAGUGUGGUGUGUAAAACUCUUUCUAGUUUCUAUCUAUGUUCUGAAUUUAUGGAUU